GCUGACGGCGCCGCCCGCUUCCCCAGGACCCGGGCGCCACGAUGCAGAUCUUUGUGAAGACGCUGACGGGCAAGACCAUCACGCUGGAGGUGGAGCCCAGCGACACCAUCGAGAACGUCAAGGCCAAGAUCCAGGACAAGGAGGGCAUCCCCCCCGACCAGCAGCGUCUGAUCUUUGCUGGGAAGCAGCUGGAGGAUGGCCGCACCCUUUCCGACUACAACAUCCAGAAAGAGUCAACUUUGCACUUGGUGCUGCGUUUGCGUGGAGGCAUCAUCGAGCCUUCCCUCCGUCAGCUCGCGCAGAAAUACAACUGCGACAAAAUGAUCUGCCGCAAGUGCUACGCCCGCCUGCACCCGCGUGCUGUGAACUGCCGUAAGAAGAAGUGUGGCCACACCAACAACCUGCGCCCUAAGAAGAAGGUCAAGUAGAGAGAGCAGCCUCUGCUCUGCCAGUUCGGCCACAUGUCAUUCAGCUAAAGUAUUGGAGCACGCUGGAGGGUUGGUUGUAAUGUAGUGUGAGUCCUGUGGGAGCCUUGGGUCCUUCAAAUAAAGCUGUGUUGAGUGCUC